UUCAUCUCUUGUAGUGUUCCCGUUUGACUCAAACAGUCACGGUUCUCGCGAAAGGGCACAUUUUACAAGCGCUCUUGCAAAUUUCGGCGUGAGGCUGGCAACAUCCAUCCCACGAUGGACUACGACAAGCUCAAGCAGCAAUACCGAAAUGAGUUCGACCCUGGUAGCUAUCAAGACAUGGUGAUGAAGCUCGACUUUCUCUAUCUGUUUUACCAACGUGAGGUCAACGAACUCCUCCGCAGAGACGUCUUCAAGAACUCAGCAACUUUGUUGGAAUUUGGCUGUGGUCCGACGCCUUUCAGCAUGUUCCCGAUGACCAAGAAGUUUCACGAGGUUGUACUAUGCGAAUACCUGGAGCAGAACCGGCGCGCUGUCCAAAAAUGGGUGAACAAUGAAGCAGAUGCCCUCGACUGGUCUUUCCUAGCGGAGUCUCAAGCGCUACUUGAAGGCUACAGCGACCUGAAGACUGGAUGUUCUGAAGUUGAAGAGCGCACAAGGAGAGCCAUCAAGCAUAUUAUCCCCUGCGACGUAUAUGAUAUGGGGGUUAUGCCCAAAGAGCAUCGAAUCGAAUACGACGUCCUGUUCACUUCUCUUUGUUUCGAAGGCGCAGCGGUGGACCUGGAGGCUUACAAUUCGGUUGUUUCCAAUGUCACUCAGCUGGUCAAACCUGGAGGGGUCAUAGUUCAGUGUGGCGUCCUGAAGUGUAAGACUUACACGGUCGGACAGGCAGUGUUCGAUGCCAUGUACCUGACAGAGGAUAUUGUGAAAGGUGCCUUGGAGAAAGCUGGAUUUGAGAUCAAGAAUUGGAAAGUUGAUGAAGCAAAAACAGCGAAAGAUAUGGAUUACGAGUACGAUGGUGCUUUUAUAGUCGUGGCUACGAAGUUAUAGAGAUUUUUGAAUAAAUGCUAAGAAUUCCUAAUUCAGGUGUAGCGUGUUGUUAUAAUCUGUGGCCUCGCGACGUCCUCUUGGUUGGAGUCGCAGAGUUUCAUGUGUAGUUUGUGUAACCUAUGUGCCAGAAUAAACAUGGUAUACAUGUUGA